AUGAAACUUUUGGAGGGUCAGCUGACCCAGAUAAGAGGCAAGCGCUUUGCAGCAAAACUGUCAUAUGCUUGGGCUGACCGGAGAGAUUUAGAUGCAGCACAUGCUUUGGUAGAACUUGCCAAUUGUCAAUCACAUUUUGCUAAGAAUGGCUUAACUUUAUCUUGGAGGGAACAUGGUGUGCCUCACAGUCAAGAUGGAAAGUUAUUGACAAAUGUAGCUCAAGAUAAUUGGCAACUCGUUAAUAGAUUUGGAAGAGGUGGCAAGAUGAAGAAGGAUACUGGUGAAAGGUUAAAUUUUCCAUCAGCAAAGGCCAAUAGUGCAGUGAGAAUGCAAGACAAACGGAAACUUGAGGUCGACUUUUAUUUGCCUCCAUUCAAAAAAUACAGGAAACUUAAUGCUUGUGAGGAGAAGAAUGAUAAUUCACAUGAAAUGUGUGACAAGUUGGGUGAUCAUGAAAAUCACCUGGAUUUUGUAGCUUCUGCAACUUCUGCAAGUAGUGGCCCAUAUGCUUUUGGCCUAGAAUUUUUAGAAAGCAAGAUGUCAACAAAGAACCUGAAAAUGAAAGCAGAUGUGACAUAUUUGUAUGAACCGGAUAAAUAUGAUUGUUUACUCACUAGAUCUCGAGAGUUGAUUGGUGAACCUAUUGGUUUGAGCAAGGCAAUAACUUUACAGAAAGUGAAUGCUGAAUCUGGCUCAUUAGGUGGUGGGUUAAUUUAUGAUUCACUCCUUUCGGAAAGGACGGCCUUUGAUGCUGUGACAUCUAGUGUAAAACCAGCAAAGAAGCAGCGAUCCGCUUUGUCCAUAGCCAACCUUGAUAAAGGAUUCUCAUUUUCCAUUGUACACCUUUUUUCUGCUGUUCGCAUAGCUCUAACUACUACAAAUUCCAACUAUUAUGACUCAGUGUUUGAUGAGCAUAUUGGGGAAGGGAGCAGAAGACAAUCACAACGCAAAGGUGUCCAGAACAGAAUUUUUGAAGGCUUCAAUCGGUUUUAUUCUCAGGAAAAGAGUGUCUUCAAUUCAGAGCAAGUGGAACAAAAAAAAUUGCCUUAUCUUACCAUACAUCAAAUUGUGCAGCACGUGAGAUUGAAACCUGGAGACUCUCGUAUCCUUGAAACAAAGGAGCCACUUCAGGAUUUAAUUAGAGGAGUUCUGAAGAUAUUUUCAUCUAAAACAGCACCUCCUGGAGCAGCAGAUUGGAAAGUUCUCACAGUAUAUGAAAAAUCUAGCAAAAGUUGGUCCUGGAUUGGUCCAGUUCCAUUUAAUCUGCCACAUGCUGGUCAUACUGAAGAAGUGUUAACUUCUGAAGCUUGGGGUCUUCCACGCAUAACUCUUCUGAAGCUGCUGGUAGAUUGCUUUGCUAACUGGCUAAAAGAAGGCCAAGAGAUGCUCCGACAAAUUGGAACUCUUCCUCCGCCACCUGUGAUGUUGAUGCAACCCACCAAUGCAAUAGAAAGAUUCAAGGACAUGAGAAUUCUGAAAAGUCACACCACUAUCAGCCCAAGCUGUGAAGAAGUAAGGGCUUAUUUCCGUACAGAGGAAGCAUUGAGGUAUUUAAUUCCUGACAGGGCCUUUUCUUAUACUGCCCUCGAUGGUAGGAAAUCUAUAGUUGCUCCUCUGACGAGGUGUGGAGGAAAGCCUUCAGUAAAAGCCCGAGAGCAUUUCAUGCUUAAACACAACCGGCCACCUAAUUUUACCGUCCUUUGUCUUGUGAGAGAUGCAGCUGCUAGAUUGCCUGGAAGUAUUGGUACCAGAGCAGAUAUUUGUACUCUUACAAGAGACUCCCAGUACAUUACAGAAGAGAUUUCCAAUUUACAAGUUAACCAAGUCGUAAGUGGGGCUUUAGAUCGCUUACACUAUGAAUUUGAUCCUUGUGUACGAUUUGACAAAGAGAGGCACUUAUGGGUUUACUUGCAUGGAGAAAGGGAAGAAGAAGAUUUUGAGCGCAAUUGUUCCUCUUCUUCAAAGAUUAGGAAACGAGUAAGGGAAAUGCAUUGGGGUGAUUCUGCUUGA